GCGACCUGCGCCACCCGUACCGACGACGGCAUUCUGCGCUCGUGUCAUAAGCCCACGACAGGAAGUGAGCGUGUGGUGUGUCGUGCUCUUGUGCGCCUGCCCCGGACGUUUAACAGCUGCGCUCAGAGGGUGACAUUCGGAGCAUCGUUGUAGGAGUAAAGUGGCGCGGACCGAACAAGCCCAACUUCGGCCUCGGGGGACGUGCUAGAUUGGACGUGAGGACCCGCAUACGAGCGCGCCUACCCAGCCCGCCAGACAGGACAGCGGUCGUCCGAUAAGCGAUAACAGGAAGACAGGUUGUCGUCGAGGCCGCCGAGGACGCACGCACCGCUCUCGCCAGCCGAGGGAAAGCCACCCGAGACUCCCCGCCCUCUGCUGACGGCUGCCGCGGCGUCGAGGAAAGAAGCGUUUCCCGGUCGACCACGAUGUGCAAGCGUGUCGUUGGCUGCUUCCUGGUCGUAGGCAUCGCGACAGCCCUUCUGGUCGGCUUGCUCAACCAGGCACCGGACCCUUUCAAGGUGAACAAGACCGGCUACUGGGGACCGGCCAGGAUCAAGCAUGUGCGCGCGGCUCCUGAGGAUGACCCCGUGAUUCGCAAGUUCAGCGUCCACAUCCCCGACGAGGCUCUGGCAGACCUGAAGUGGCGCCUCGCAGCAACCAAGCUGGCACAUCCCUUGCAAGACUCCAAGUUCGCGUAUGGCUUCAACGCGCUGGCGCUCAAGUCCGUGGUGGACUACUGGAAGGACAAGUUCGAUUGGAGGGCGCAGGAGAAGCGGCUGAACCAGUUUGAGCACUAUCGCACCGUCAUCGAGGGCAUCCAGGUUCACUUCAUGUACGCCAGGGCCAUGCCCGCCAACGCCCAGACAAAGGUGUUCACCUUGGUGAUGACCCACGGCUGGCCUGGCUCCAUUGUCGAGUUCCUCAAGAUCGUGCCCAUGCUGACGCAGACCAAAGACGGCGUUGCCUUCGAAGUCAUUUGCCCAUCGAUACCAGGCUACGGUUUCUCGGAAGCACCUCACAAACAAGGUUUCAACCUGCUCGAAACGGCGAGGGUAUUCGUGAAGCUGAUGGACCGUUUGGGAAGAGACAAGUUUUACCUCCAGGGAGGGGAUUGGGGUUCAAUGGUGUCCAAGUUCAUUGCCACCUACUAUCCGGAAAGGGUGCUGGGCGUGCAUUUCAACAUGAUCGACGUGGAGCUGGGUCCCCUGGCGCUGCUGAAACUGGCCGUGGGCUCCUACUUCCCGUCCCUGCUGCUGGGUGACAAGGCUCCCGUCAAGGCGUUCCCCUUCCCAUUCUGGCCAAAGUUCCUCUACGUUCUUCAGGAGUCGGGAUACAUGCACCUCCAGGCCACAAAGCCGGACACCGUCGGUCUUGCUCUGCUCAACUCCCCUGCCGGACUUGCGGCGUACAUCUUGGAGAAGUUCUCCACCUGGACCCGUGCUGAAAACAGAGACCUCGAGGACGGCGGUCUGACGACCAAGUUUUCCCUGGACGAGCUGCUCACCAACGUGAUGGUCUACUGGGCCACUGACUCCAUCACUUCCAGCAUGCGCUACUACAAAGAGAACAUUGGCUCUGUGGUUAUGGCCAAGAACCGACGGACCCCUGUCACGGUGCCUUCCGGGUUCGCCAUCUUCCCCGAAGAGCUCAUCGCCUUCCCGGAAGCAGUCAUUGGCUCCAUGUACACGGACGUUGUCACGUUCACUCACCACUCGAAGGGCGGCCACUUCCCAGCGAUGGAGGAACCGGCCCUCCUCGAGAAAGACCUGCGCUCCUUUGUGUUGGCCGUGGAGGCCCGAAAUGCCACUCAGCGGUCUGUCCCGAGGCCGUUCCCCUUCGUUGACCUUGGACCCCUAGCCCCCAAGGUCAUGCUGACCUUCGGACCCGAAACGACUCCCGGAGCCGGUACGUUGGCCAGGACCAGGUUUGAACCGCAGACGGUUCAGAAGGAGCCCGGAAAGGCGAGCCAAGCGGCGAGGGAAGCGAAGGUACCCACGGAGGUGCCGACCCCGACGAAGGAUGCGCAGUCACAGCCUGUCAAAAAACCAUCGCCUCCGAAGAAGGCUCCGCAGCAACAGUCGGCCUCAACUGCUCAGCCCCCGAAGAAGGCUGUGGAUCAACAACCGACCACGACUGCGCAACCCCCGGUAGCAAAGAAGACUGUUCAGCAGCAGACAGCCACACCUGCUCAGCCGCCAGCUCCGAAGAAAACAGCGCAGUCAAAAGAUUCGACGCCUGUGCGACCUUAGUUUUCGUCGAAGUUUGUACAGUCUGAAGCUAGGGCAUUUCCAUCCACAUAAACUGCAAAACGAACAUAGCCAUGUAUCAAUAUUGUUUGCUUAAUAAAUAAAAUAGAUGGAUUAAAAAGAACAUAGAAAUAAAAUAAAGGCGAUAGCGUAUUACUAAA